AUGGCGGACCCUGGUGACUUGACCAAUGCUGAAGACGACGAUCAGCUGAGUCCAGACGAGUUUGUCCAGCGACAGAUGAAAAAAAUGCUUAAUCUAGAUGAGAGAAAGAAUAAUGCAUCAUUACUUGAAUCCGCACCAUCUCAUCGUAGCAGUGGUAACCACAGCGGUACUAGUGAACGCUCUGCAAAUAUGACAGUGUAUGAGAAGCUCCAGGCUUUGGUUUUAGCGGAAAAUAUUAAAUUAGACGAAGGUUCAAGUUCUGGAGGUCCUUUGAAAAAAGAUGAAGAAGAGGAACAGAACGAGGAAGAGGAAGAAGAUGAUGAUGACACAUAUGAAAUUUCAUGGGAUGGAGGUCCUCUUGGACUUUUAUUCAAGGCAAAUGCCAAUGGCCAACCGGUAAUUCGACGCGUUAAUAAGAAGGGAGCAGCUACAGGCUUACAAUAUGCUCGAGCAGGAGAUGUGCUGCUUGCAUUGAACGGUGUGAGUGUAUCUGCGACUCCGUUUAGUGAAAUUAUUGAAAGACUGAAGAAUCCAGAAUUUCCUGUGAAAUUAGACUUUAGACCGUUAAAGUUAAGUGACUUGGCGUCCGCUGCAUCUGCAGCGACGAGCAAGUGGGGCUUGCCACGCACAGUCAUCGAGGAGGAGGGUGGGGGAGAUACGUCACCUGCUUAUAUGCCACAGAUGAAUGAAGCUAUGAUAGAAGAACCAACAGAUGUAGAGUACGAUGUUGUCUGGAGUGAAGGUCCACUCGGGUGUGAAUUGAAGCAGCGAAACGGGCUACCUACUGUCAAGUCGGUAACAGGUACAGGAGUCACGCCUUCCGUUGCACAGAUUGCAAUGGGAGAUAUCCUUGUUAGUAUUAAUGGAUUACGCACGGAGGAGAUUGGAUUUAAAAGCACCGUGACGCUUAUGAUGCGAGCGACAAAGCCAGUGUAUUUGCGGUUUAACCGGGGCGGUGCUCGUCAGCUUCCGUCUACUGAAAAUCGUUUUAAUGACUUACCACCGAGUUAUAAAGGGCCACAAAGCAACAGAGGAACGAUGCAGGAUGGGUUUGGCCCAGGCGGGGAAGUAGCGACGCUUGAGUCAAAGCAGUAUACGGUAUUAUGGCGUGACGGCCCGUUAGGUAUUCAGAUUCACACUUCUAGCAAAGGCCGCGUUGUUGUGGCACGGCUCACAGGUGCAGGCGCCCCUAACGUUAAUGAUACGGUGAAGCCUGGUGAUAUUUUUUUGCGCGUGGCCGGAGUCGAUGUUGAUUCGUUAGGCAUUGCUGGCGCCUUUGAAAUACUAAAAACGGUUCAAAAACCUGUGGUGCUUGUUUUUCAGCGACGCGGACGUAGCCAUGCUCGCUCGCACUCGCGUGGCAGACAUAGUGGCGUACCCUCGCCAGUACAUUUGCCAUCGUCUUCAAUAGUACCGUCGUUCCGACAAUUGCGCGAAGAGGAAGCCGCAGCAGCCGUUGCAGGAGGCCCGUCGAUUGCACGGGCCAACAGCGGUAGGUUUAGCCCAUUGCGGCAAGGAAGCAAGAGCCGCGAAGGAUCAGUUAAGCUGUAUGAGGAAGCAAACUUACAAGAGCUAGAGAGCUACGCUGCGUCGGACGACGGUACAAGCCAACAGAGUUACGAUUAUCUUAGGGAUUCGCCGCGUUCAAAUGCAUCUCGCCCGCAUCGCCUUUCGAAUUUACCACCUCCACCACCUUUCCCCGGCACAAAAGCUCCAGAAACAGGAGACGAUGACGAUUGUUCAGAGGAAGAUAGUUUUCCACCAGAGAUGUCCCGGGAUGAGAGCCCGUCACUCGCGGGACUGCCACCACCUCCAUCGUACAUGGACGUGUUCACGGCUUCUGGACGGGCAAAAGACGAUGUUGCGCUCCCGUCUUCUCACGGAUACUACGCCGGCCAGUUUUUAGAGCGCCCGCCACCUUUUGAAGCCCACAGCAACGAGCCGUUGCCACCUCGGUCUCAGUAUGCAGCUGCCCAAUUGCCUCCGGCAGAAGAAACCCCAUCUUUAGUUGGUCAGCCAAGCCGACUACAGGAACUUCGGCGCCAGUACAUUGAGUCUGAGCGGCAACGCAACCUGUUGCAGAAUGGUCAUGCCACGAUGGUGAGCACUUACUCGGAUAUCGAUGACUCGGGGCUUGUGGUACGCCAUCAAAGAACACCUUCUUAUGAGGACGGCUCAGUGCUAGGUAGUCGGCCGGCUCCUCAGCUACCGCUGCCAGAGCUGUGGGUACGAUGGAGUGAAGGACCACUUGGUAUCACAUUCAAGCGUAAGAAUGGGCAGAUUGUGGUGUCACGACUAACGGGUUCAGGUUAUUCACCGGGAUUGACGCAACUUCGUCCAGGUGACUGGUUAGUGUCGUUCAACAACCAAGCCACGCGCAGCUUGCGUCUUGGCGAAACGAUGGAGCUACUGAAGCGUUCGCCGAAGCCUGUGGAUAUGUGCUUUGUCGUUCAGUAA